GCUAAAGUGGGUCUUUACCUGGGAUGAUUGAUGUAUCUGGGUACUAAGGAAACUACCCAAUCAUAUCAUUAGGUUCAAGCUAAGACAUUUAAGUGCCGGCAGGCUCGACUGACGACAUUCUCAUCCGAAUCAACUUCCAAAGCGCGACCUUUGUUCAAUUUAUCAUUCUUCCUCUUCUAAACACUUUAAUCGUCCCAAUUUCUACGGACCAUAUCACGUAAUAAUGCCUCCAGCCCCUAGCCAGAAGGGUACUGGCAAGAAAAAUGCGAAUGCCAUAGGUAAGCGCAGUCGCAACACUACACCUAUGUCCAUCGGACCAUCUAGUGCGAAUAUACCACCUGUCGAUAUUAUCGAGACCGAGUUCCUAGAUCUUAGAUUAGAAUCGGUUCGCAGUAUAAACUACGACGAUCUAGUUGAUUCAACCGCAUCUAAUGCCGUAAUCCCCGAUUCCAAAAGUCUCGACGGUCUAAUCACUCGACUCGGAAAAUUGAAUGAAAUAAUUGAACGGCGCGGGACAUGGUGCGAUAAAGGAAUGCGCCUUGUAGCUGGACAUAGAAAGGCUCAUUUCGAUGAAAUGGCAUCUACUAGUAGAAGGGAUGAUACACGUAAAGAUGGUGAGGAAGAGACCGAGAGAAGAGCGAACAAGAAAAAGAGAAAAGCGAAUGAUAGUCUCGCACCCGGAGACGCCCAUACUGAACGAUCAUCUCCCUUGCGCGAUCAUAGCAAGACUCGAAAAGCAUCUCGAGACAACGAUUCGGCGAGCUCUUCUUUAUCGCCUGUCGCGCCUGCAACACCCGGCGCAAUGGAGGUAGACGAUAAGGCCAAGCUGGAUCACAGGGCUGAUGAAGAUUCCGAAUCCGAAGAUGAAGGUGCUCCUCCCCGUCGUGAGGCUCCUCAAAUCCAGACCUUUGGCGAAGAUCCCUCCACGUUCCCCGAUCCUACCGUUUACGAGAUUCGUCCAACAGAGCCUGGCAUGACUGUGGAUGAGCUGAAGGAGCUCUACUCGGUUGCGGUAUUCCCCAAAUCCGACCUCGCCGAGAUGAUUGCUGGUGAUCCGCCGGACAAGGACUUUAGUAGUGCCAAGCCCUCGAAUCAGAUAAGCUUUAGCACUUUCUCGACCUACGUCGAACCCUACUUCCGCCAGUUCUCUGAAGAGGACCUCGCCUUCCUACGAGAACGUGGCGACCGACUCACUCCCUUCGUUAUGCCCAAGCGAGGCAAGAAGCAUUACACCGAAACAUGGGCGGAAGAGGAUGGUGCCAUGGCGAUUGAUUCUACGCCGCCUGGAAGAGAUAAGCUCGCUUCCAAUCAGGCUCGUGGUACCAUCGACAAUAUGGACGAUGAUGUCGCAGAGACGGACAAGCUAUCGGUUGGUCCUGUGUUGUCGCGGCUACUUCAGGCGAUGCGCCCCGAGGCUCGUAUCCAACCUAGCGAGGAUAAGCCGAUGACCAACGGAAUUAACGGAGAUGCCGAAAUUAAGGAAGAGGUUAACGGCGAUUCCAACACAGGUGCAGCUGGUGAGGAGAAGAGUGUCCCACCUGCCACAUUCAUGACUGAAUCAUCAACUGAGGCUUGGAAGAAAGCUACACACCCCAAACUAGACUAUUCUCAGGUGGACGAACGAAUCAAGCUUGAACUACGUAACAUUGGAUUCCUUCCGCUAGAGGGGUUCGAUGGUGACUACGAUGGACACUACGAUGAUGAGGUCGCUGCCCGUUUGCGCCUCCUGCAAGAUCGACUGCGCGAGCAGAUGCUCAUCAAUGGCGCUCGCAAGGCCCGACUGACCGAUCUAGUCAAAGAAAGGAUGGCACACCAGGAAUACACCACUAUCCUUGAAGAUCUUGACACUCAAGUCCAAGGCGCAUACCUAAAGCGCACGCGUACGAUGGGCAAGAGCAAGAAGUCCAAGCGACCCGGAGGCGCCGGUGGAGGUAGUCAUCCAGCCGGAGGCGCAUCGGGUAUGGCUCGUCCAGGCAUCGGCGACGUAACCAAGACUCUUAUGGAGCGCCGAAAGCGAUGGAUCGAGAAUAUUGCCCCGGUCUUCAAUGACCCCAACCUCGGCAAGGUUCCCCGCGCCUCGAACCCUGGCAGCACCAUCUUCAAACCGGAGAUGAUGGCCGAUCUCAUGAAGAAGGAGCGCCAAGCUUGGGACGAAGAGGUAGAGGAGGAGUAGAGAUCCCGUCCUCAACAAUCAGAGCCUCAAAUCCCCGAACCCCAAAUUCCCGAGCCUACAAAGCCAGAGCCUUCGAAGGAACGUGAUCCCCAAAACAGUGGCGUUGAUGUUUGGUCACCGCGAUUGAGACAGCAUCGUCGGCGUAACUUCAGGGAGCUCCUUUAGCCGUCAUGACAUUGAUUGAGAUAGUGGCUCUAUGAUUGAUACUCGGUUAUGCAUCAGGUUAGGUAACACUUUGAAGGGUCUCUGGGUGGUAACAUCCGACAUAUUUCUGGGGGUUUGCUGUAUAACCUCAAGUCCGAGGUAAUAGCCUUAUGCUAGGCUGUAAAUAGUCCUCAAUUCGGAUUCAGUUCUACCCCAA